AUGCCUGCGUACACAACCAACAUGAGGUUAAAGUUCCCCAUUGUGGCCUUGGUUUUGGAGAUUAUCACCAUAAUCCUGUUUGCAGUGUUUGUGGAGUAUGAUGAUGGGAAACAUCAUGGACACAACGAGCAUGACAAACACUUCAAUGAGACUCACCAUGAAAAGGCAUCGAUGGACCUCUACCCUAUGUUUCAGGAUGUCCACGUUAUGAUCUUCAUCGGCUUCGGGUUCCUGAUGACCUUCCUGAAGAGAUACGGGUUCAGCAGCGUGGGCUUCAACUUACUCCUGGCUGCCUUCGGCCUGCAGUGGGGCCUCUUCAUGCAGGGCAUCUGGCACAUGGAUAAUGGCAAGAUCAAAGUCAACAUCUUCAAAAUGAUCAACGCAGACUUCAGCACAGCUACGGUCCUGAUCUCCUUUGGAGCUGUUCUGGGUAAAACCAGCCCUGUUCAGCUCCUCAUCAUGACCGUACUGGAGAUCACCAUCUUCUCCAUCAAUGAACAUAUUGUGGCCGAACUGCUCAGAGUAAGCUAUGAUGUUGGAGCAUCCAUAAUCAUCCAUGCUUUUGGAGCCUACUUUGGCCUGGCAGUGGCUCGAGUGCUUUACCGACCAGGUUUAAGAAAUGGACAUGAGAAUGACGGAUCUGUUUAUCACUCUGAUCUGUUUGCUAUGAUUGGAACCGUCUUCCUGUGGAUGUUCUGGCCCAGUUUUAACUCGGCCAUCGCUGACCCGGGCUUCACUCAGCUCACAGCAGUGAUCAAUACCUACUUCUCCCUGGCUGCCUGUGUGCUCUCUGCCUAUGGCAUCUCCAGCCUCGUGGAGCACAAAGGAAAACUGGAUAUGGUGCACAUUCAGAAUGCCACUUUGGCUGGUGGGGUUGCCGUGGGAACAUGUGCUGACAUGAACAUUGGGGCAUUUGGGGCAAUGCUGAUUGGAUUAGUGGCUGGCAUCAUCUCUUCCCAGGGCUUCAAGCACCUAAGUCCCAUCCUGGCAUCCCACCUGGGCAUCCAAGAUACCUGUGGUGUCCACAAUCUGUACGGCAUGCCUGGCAUCCUGGGUGGGUUGGCUGGUAUUGUUGCAGUUGCUCUAGGGAAAAAAAGAGGGGUAUGGGCCAUUUUUCUCAACACAAAAUGUGAUGCUGCCAUGCAAGCUGCUGCCUUGGCUUCUUCCCUUGGGUUCGCUUUGGUUGGAGGUGCUGUUACAGGUUUAAUAAUGAAGUUGCCGAUCUGGGGACAGCCUCCAGACAAGAACUGCUUCAAUGACUCUAUUUACUGGGAGGUUCCUGGUGAGGAGAAUGAGAGCUUGGCUCACAGCGAUCACUCAAAGAACAAAGCAGAGGCUUAAAUAUCUGCCCACUGACCUAGAAAUUAAGUGACAGAUAAUUUAUCUGUUACACCAUGACAGUACAUGUAGAUACUGUAGAAAUGGGUCACAUCAUAGCUUCACUGCUGAAACACACCUACUUCCAUAAGCUUUUUCUUCAUUUCAUCUGUGUAUUAUAAAAGGCAUAUUAAAAUAUUAAUAUAGUAUAUGUUGAUCUGCUGCUUCAUGUCACCUCACUGGAGCCCAGUACUUCUGCAAGGAGUCAGUCAGACUGUGUGAAACCAGCAGUGAGGCUCUGACAUGAGCAGGGAUAGUCGCAGGAAAUGUUUUAA